AUGCGAGAGAUUACCUUUGAUUUACCAGAAGCGGAGGAAGAAUUAGUAGCAGGGUAUCAAACCGAAUAUUCAGUUCUUUACUUGGGGGGUUGGAAUAUUUCCAUUCCGUACAAAAAAGAAUCUGAGAUUCAUGACUUGGUUCAAACAAGAGAAAGAAACAAACAUAAAAUUAUUCAUAGAUAUUCACGAUAUGUUCCUAUGGUAACUGGGUUCAUGAAUUAUGGCCACCAAACAGUCCGAGCAGCAAGGUACAUUGGUCAAGGUUUCAUGAUUACCUUAUCCCACGCAAAUCGUUUACCCGUAACUAUUCAAUAUCCUUAUGAAAAAUUAAUCACAUCAGAGCGUUUCCGCGGACGAAUCCAUUUUGAAUUUGAUAAAUGCAUUGCUUGUGAAGUAUGUGUUCGUGUAUGCCCUAUAGAUCUACCCGUUGUUGAUUGGAAAUUUGAAACGGAUAUUCGAAAAAAACGAUUGCUUAAUUACAGUAUUGAUUUCGGAAUUUGUAUAUUUUGUGGUAACUGCGUUGAGUAUUGUCCAACAAAUUGUUUAUCAAUGACUGAAGAAUAUGAACUUUCUACUUACGACCGUCACGAAUUGAAUUAUAAUCAAAUUGCUUUGGGCCGUUUACCAAUGUCAGUAAUUGACGAUUAUACAAUUCGAACAAUUUUGAAUUCAAUUCAAAGAAAAACUCAGUAAGUAAACCUCCUGUUCUAUUAAAGUAAAGAGAAAUUUCCCAUUCAUUCUUUUAAGGUUCCGUUUUGGUUUAAGUUAAAAGACUGUUUGGUUUGAAUUAAAAAAAGAAUGAGGCCUUUGGUCAAUAAAUAAAAAUUCAAUUACAAAUUAACAGGUUGAUAAGAAUUUCGGAUUCCUUUUUAUUGAAAAUUAAAAUAUAUUAAUAUAUUCGUAAUUAUUUCGAAAUAUAUAGUUUCAAAAAACAAAAUACCCUUUUCUUUUGAACAAAAAAGAAUCAAAAACGAAACUAUCCAAUAAUUGUGCUUAGAGCAAUUCACGCCUAAUAGAUUAGGAUUUUAUUCAAUUAGGAACGUAUCAUAAAAAAAAAUUCCUGGUC